AGACCCCUUAACAACAGCCCAGGCAUGCGCAGAGUACUAUUGCCACAUCAUGGAAAGCGGAACUAGAAGGAUAUAAAAAAGACUGUCUUAGCGUGAUAUUGCGGUAGUUGGUGCAGCGGUGACUCCCCUGUCGCCCAGCGCUGCCCUUUGCUCAUAUUCUCUUGCUGUAAUUAAUAAAUUCUAAUUGGUUUAUUGAUCUGUUGUGGUCCAAUUUAUAACAAAUUGUUGCCGAAACCCGGGAUCAGGAACGGUGGGCUAUGGCUCUUCGGGGAGGCGCCCCGCGCUUGUUCGCGGCCCCGUAUGAGACCGGCAGUUCACUGCAACCUGACCGACGAACCUAAAUUGGGAAUAUUGAGCAAAGGAAGAACCGGUCAAAUCCUGUAAUAUUUUGUGCACAAAAGUCCGGACGAAGACGCGGGACGCGACUGUGAAAAUGUAGAAACAGCAAUCCGAACUGCAUGGACACAUGCAUUGACGGACUAGUGAAUCCCCCACGCUGGAAAAUGUGUGACGGGCGUAUAGUAAAAAACGCCUCGUGGUCCGCAUACACGGCACGUCUUAUUAAGAAAAAAGAGCGUAUUCCCUCUUGGGACCCCUGCUGCCGAGAAGAUGGAACACCCUGUGUCUCGAAACAAUCGAGUGGACAGGCGAGGCAGAGGAGGAAACCCCGGAAGGAGGAAGAGCCUAAGCUGUGGGACACGCAAGCUGCGAUGGCCGAACUCCCCCAGGACUGGUGAAGGAAAAGGAGCUGGUAACAUCCAAAUUAAUAACAAAGUCGGAAUUAAUAAAAGCCGAAAAUUUUCUCUAGGCACUAUUUACAUAAUCGUAAUCCCCACUGUACUAUUGACAAUACCAACAUACGCAGGAAAUCCACAUGAACCUGUGAUGUGGAAAAUUGUUAAUUUGCAGGAUUCAAAAGUCAUACAAAAUCGUACUACGUCAGGGGGUAGUUGGAACUUUACAGUACAUUUACAUUCCUUAGUCCCCAUUGAAGCGGGAGGUUGUUAUGGAAAAACCUGUUCACACGUGGCUAAGAGACAAGCUCAAUGCAAAGCAUUUUACAUUUGUCCAGCCUCAAAUCCUGGCAAAGGUUACUGCAAUUACCCGGGACAUUUUUAUUGUGGUUAUUGGGGCUGUGAGACAAUUGCAUCUGACUGGGACACACCUGGAGAUAAAUAUAUAAGUGUAGUUUGGGGACCCCCUGGUUGUGUUAAACCAAGACAUGGUUAUGAUGGGGUAGUACAAGGGUCUUGUAACAGUCCGACUUGUUGGAGAGUCGAGAUAAAAGUCAAACAACCAGAAAGUGAUGAAUGGCUACUGGGAAGAAUAUGGGGAAUUAGGUUCUGGGAACCUGGAUCAGAUAGGGGAAGCUUUUUUAAAAUCAUUAAAGAAAGAGUCCCUUACGACCCUCUCCCAGUAGGACCGAAUCCGAUUUUAAAUCCUUGGGUACCCCAAAAAGUUAUUCUAACCCUUUUCCCCAAAAAACACAACCCUUUGACUGCUGCUAAACCCCUUAUACCUGAUGCUACUAAACCUACUCCCAAUGCUGCUAAAUCUUUUACUGAACCCUCUAUAUCCGAGCUGUCAGAACCUAAAGACCCCUUAUGAGAUUUGAUGCAAACUUCUUACCAAGCUCUUAACAAGAGUAAACCAAACCUUACAUUAGAUUGCUGGCUAUGUUAUAAUGUCAGGCCGCCUUAUUUUGAGGCAAUAGGAAAACCUAAUAAGGUCCGAUGGUCAAAUGGAUCAAAUCCUCUAGAAUGCAAAUGGGAGGAGCAAAGAAAUCAUACUCAGGGGAUAACAAUACAAAUGGUGACAGGUAAAGGCAGAUGUAUCGGAACUAUCCCUGUUGAGUACCAAUCCCUAUGUAAUGAAACUCUCUAAAUGGGCCAUAGGACAACAUAGAAAUAAAAGUGAUAAAUGGGUAAUACCAUCAGGAGGAGCAAAAUGGGUAUGCUCAGACAUAGGAGUAACUCCAUGCUUAUCUCUUAAUGUCUUUAAUGAAAGUGUAUUUUGUAUCCAAGUAAUUAUCAUACCUAGGAUCAUGUAUCACACCUCAGAAGAAGUAUUUCGACAUUUUGAAGGAGAAUUUCCCAGACAGGUCAGAGAACCCGUCACCGCGGUAACUAUAGCAGGUUUGUUGCUUGCAGGAGCGGGAGUAGGAACUGGAAUAACCUCUUUGGUAAAGGGAAAGGAAAUACAAGACUUACAGUUGGCUGUCGAUGAAGAUUUGGCAAGAAUAGAACAAUCCAUACAAAACUUAGCUACGUCUGUCAAGUCAUUAUCAGAAGUGGUUCUACAGAAUAGAAGGGGACUAGAUCUAUUAUUCCUAAAAGAAGGGGGAUUAUGUGUAGCCCUUAAAGAAGAAUGCUGUUCCUAUGCUGACCAUACAGGAGUAGUACAAGACGCUAUGGCAGAGUUAAGGAAGCGGUUAGAACAAAGAAAGAGAGAUAGAGAAACCAAUCGAUCGUGGUAUGAGAACUGGUUUAAUGUUUCACCAUGGCUAACCACUCUACUCUCAACCCUAGCAGGACCAGUAAUCAUGAUCAUACUGGGACUAAUGUUUGGACCAUGCAUUUUAAAAUAUAUUUUACGCUUUAUUAAAGAACGCUUUGAAAUUGCAAAAUUAUUAAUGCUUACUUCGAGAUACAGUAUUGUAGCCACUGAUGAGCCUGAUGAUGAGAGUGAAAUAACGCAUUGUAUUUGUGAUAAUAGUUGUAAUCAUAGUAAAAGAAAAUUUGCUUACUCUCAAAGGGAACAAGAAAGUAAUGUUUGAUAAACAAAUAAUCAUGAAAAAGAAAAAGGGGGGAUUGUGAUAGACUACGCUGGGUGGUAUUGUUUAUCAAAGAGGAUGUGUAGCUUAACCGCUAAGCUAAGCUGAAGCAAGUGCUAAACUACAAAGAGCUGUGCUAAUGCUUAAGCGAGAUAUAUCUUAAGAUUGUUAAAUGUUCCAAGAAAUGCAAGGACAACCCAUAUAAGGAGGACAAAAGCCACAAGAGCCAAAGGGCAGAAAGAGGAAGACAUCUUACUUCAGCCUCAACGACCACCGGGAGGCAGAAAAGACCCCCUAGCAACAUCCCAGGCAUGUGCAGAGUACAAUUGCCACAUCACGGAAAGCGGAACUAGAAGGAUAUAAAAAGAGACUGUCUUAGCAUGAUAUUGUGGCAGUUGGUGGAGCGGUGACUCCCCUGUCGCCCAGCACUGCACUUUGCUCAUAUUCUGCUUGCUGUAACCAAACAAUUAAUAAAUUCUAAUUGGUAUUUUGA